GUCUAAAAUAAAGUGGUGUUUUCCGAAUAGUGUCUUUCUGGCGGUAAAACCCCAUUCACUCUUGUUUACCCCUUUGGGAAGCUAACAUCAGAAGUGGGAUUCGAGAAUCCUACCGCGAAGUUCCCACUAGUGUCUGUUGUGAAAUAGUUUAAGACAAAUGACAAUGGCGGAGGAAAACAAUCUUCCUAAAGACAUCUCGAAUCUUGAAGACGAGAAUGUGACAGAAGAAGAACAACAAGACAAUCAUCCCCCCGCCCCAAAACGAGCCAAGGUUGUGUGGCAGGAAACGCUAAUUGCGCUUGUAGCUGCUCAACAAAAACAGUUAUCUGAGAUGACCGAAAUAACACGUCAUUCCAAGAUGGCAACUGGGCCAACGCCUAGCACGUCAGCAACCGGAGAAGGUUCUGCGCAAGCUUUAGCAAACACAUCUUUCCGCUUGUCGGAAUUUAAUCCCGAAAGUAGCGAUUACGCAAUCGAGGAAUGGUUGGAUAUCGCAACUAAACUUAAGGCAGAAUUACAUAUUGGGGAUGUCCUCAUGAUUGCCAAAGCGGGCGAAGCUCUUAAGGGGAGUGCCCAUCGAUACUACUGUGACUGGAGACCAGUACAUCGCACCUGGGAUGAAUUUUGCAAAGACCUUAUAGUUGCGUUCCCAGAUCGCGAAACACCAGGUGCCCGAGCAUUUACUGCUGCUACUCUCCGCAGUCGCGAUUGUGAGUCACUUAGCGACUACGGAAUCCGAAAGCUUCGAUCCAUCAAUCGAUUCCAUCGCGACUUGCCUUGGAACACCAUCCUUAGUAUGGUAGAGUAUGGGUUGGACCACGGAGAAGCUCAGGCUACCAUCCGCAUGCAUCAACCCACUGGUGAUCGGGAGCUCCUGAAGAUCCUGAGCGAGUUUGAUGCUCGCCGCAGGAAACAGCGAGUCGUGCAAAACCAGAGUUCUCGGUCGACUGAUGUGUCUAGUAUGCCGCGACGUCGUGAAAAUUUUGUGAAAGGAUCUUGCUUUAGAUGUGGUCAAAGUGGACACCAUAAAAACAAUUGUAAUGUGGACAUUGACAAAGAUACUAGUGCUAAGGUGGCAGUAGAGACAAAAGAUGGCCCACCAACGUGUUCCCACUGUAAGAAGAUGGGACAUACGGAGUCAAAUUGUUGGUUGAAACACGGCAGGCCGAAAAAAGCGUUUGUGGUGAAAAAGUGACGCCACUUGAAUACAACGCCAAUGGCUUCGUUGUUAAAGAAAAACAAUAAGUUUAGGUUCGUUUACUUAAUUGAUAGUGGUGCUGACGUUUCCAUCAUAAAACAUUCUGUAGUUAAAGCGUUGGACGCUCGAAUUCGUAACACUAGCGAAUCGUGUGCUUUCGCUGGUGUUGGAACUCAAACCGUAUACGCUGUAGGUGUUUCCGAACUAAUUAUCUUUUUGCCAAAAGCGACUCUCGAAGUAGCCUUUUUGGUUGUGCCCGAUUCAGCAAUUCCUGGUAAUAUUGACGUGAUUAUUGGCUGGGAUGUGAUAAGUCGACCUUGCUUACGCAUCGAGAAAACAAGCGAGGGUCUCGAGUUACACCCUGACCAUCGCAAUCUUCCGAAAGUAUUAACAACGCAUUGCCUAAAAAUAAACCGAAGUGGUCUCACCGAUGACAUCAACCAACGAUUAGAAACAAUGUUGGAAACUUAUCGAAAUAAUACACCGGAUCAUAUUACUACCGGGAAAAUGCAGAUUCGUAAUUGAAGACAAUUUGAAUUCUACUAUUCAUUCUGCAACUGGUUACGUACCCGCAGUACUACAAUUGGGAAUAAAUCCGAGAUUGGUCGCAACUCAACAAUUUUUGGGAGACGCGCCGACAAGCGAUCAUUUCGUCGACCCUGACAAGGCCGUCGCCGAUGCACGUGUCCGUAUGCAGGAAAACACGAAAAAGCACGCUCACCGAUUCGAUGCGACUCGAUUUCGUUCAAGUUUAUUUUUGGAAGGAGAUAAGGUAGCAGUUGAAGAUUCUCAACUAGCUGGUGGUGGAAAGUUAAAAGCGAAGUACAAAGGCCCUUAUACUGUGUCAAAACGACUUCCGAACGAGAGAUAUCUGUUAACGAAAAAGGGACAGAGGACCACUGUAGCUGCACACGAACAGUUGAGAUCUUGGCCCUCGACGGAGACUUCUGAUUAAGUUACUAAGUAAGUAAAGUAAACAAAACGGAUCGAAUACAAAUAAAGUUGAUUACAAACAAUAAAAAGUGAAUGGCUAUAUCACUUAAAGUGCAAUUAAUCGGCUAGUGGCAGUCCUACUAGGCCUGGAAGGUGGCAGUACCACCUGAUGUGUGUAAAUGUGAAGAGUGGCAGUACCACUGGCAAAUUAGGGUGGCAGCACCACCUGGUAUGUCUGGUAUGUACUGGUAUGUACAGAGUAGUGGCAGAACCACUAGGUAAAAAGGGAAGGAUGGCAGUACCAUCUGAUGACAACAGUCCAAAAUUUCCCUUGAGUUGCGUUGCGAGGACGCAACAGGAACAGGAUGGCCGUGUUAGCGGAAUAUAGGCAGUUCCAAUGGCAAUACCCAGGCGUACCCGACGCAGGCGCCUGCGAAGGCGUCGAAUAGUACGAAUACGCAGUAGUCGCAUAGUACGCGGUUCAAAGCUGUCUAAAAUAAAGUGGUGUUUUCCGAA